AUGCGGUAUCCAAUACUCUAUCAAUUUCUCUAUCUCAUCGAGGCCUUCUCCUUGCUCUGGGCCGUGUCUGGCCAACAAGCGGCAGUCUUCGGCAACGAAGUCGGACCGCUGCAACUGGACACGGAAGGACCGCUCGUGCCGGACAACUACUCGCAGUAUCACCCCCUAUUCAACGACUACGGGUUCGUGAUCCGCGGCAACACGAGCGACGGGCAAGACUUCUCGUUGUGGAUGUUCAUGUACCGACAGACGGGGUCGGAGGAAGUGAUCCUCGACGCGGACGUGUACCAGAUCGCCUUCAUCCACGGACACUUCUCGGCGGACGAGGGCGAGCGACAGCAAAUGCACGACACACCGUUCGUCAACACGGGCCAGAACAUCGAGGACUACUACGACGUGGGGACGCUGCAGUCGACGGGCAACGCCUCGACCGUGGCGUAUUCGAUAGCCAACACGACGCUAUCGUACGACGGCGACACCCAGACAUGGCGCGCCUACGGCACGCACGCCGGGGUGACGGUCGACAUAACCAUGACCAGCGUGGCCGACGAGUUCCUGCACGCCGGCUCGUUCGCCAACCUGGCCGGCUGCGCGGCCAACACCACGGCGACCAACUACAACUGCUCAGGCAUCGCGGGCGGCAUCAUCCACGCGACCGCGACCGGCACCAUCGCGUACAACGGCACCACCACGACGCUGGACCAGGCCUACGCCGUGCACGAGCGCAUAAUCCAGGCCCGCACCGUGGCCUCGCGCAUCCAGAACGCCUGGGGCAACGGCGCCUACUGGCUGCACGCCUGGGGCCGCCACUUCAGCUUCUGGUCCUUCGACGCCGACCUGGGCUCCUACGCGAGUGGCAUGCUCACCAUCGGGAACCGCACCUAUGUCACCUCCGGCGCCAACAACCCCAACGUCACGCGCUCGCAGACCGACGAGUGGCUCGAUCCGAAGUCCCAUCAGCUCGUCGGCACCGCCUGGCGCGUGUCCAUCGCCACCGACCUCGGCUUGUUGGAGUCGCAGGUCACCGGCUUCGGUCGCCUCUAUUACUACUGGGUCCGGAAGGGUGGCUUGAUCAUCACCACCCAGGUCAUCGCCGAUGCAGAGUCCACUCUCACCUUUAAGAACGGCUCCGUCCUCCACGACCACCAGUUUGCUUUUGUCGAGGCCUUUCGCACAAUGUAUAUCGCGACCCCGUUACCUUGGACAAUUGGCGAAGACUGA